AUGCCCUUGGCUUUCUGCGGCAGCGAGAACGACUCGGCCGCCUACAAGGUGGACCAGGGCGUUCUGAACAACGGCUGCUUCGUGGAUGCACUCAACGUGGUCCCACACGUCUUCCUGUUCUUCAUCACUUUCCCCAUCCUCUUCAUCGGAUGGGGCAGCCAGAGUGCCAAAGUUCACAUCCAUCACAGUACAUGGCUUCACUUCCCUGGUCACAACCUUCGCUGGAUCCUGACCUUCAUGCUGUUGUUUGUCCUGGUGUGUGAGAUUGCAGAGGGCGUCCUAUCAGAUGGGGUGGCCGAGUCCCGUCAUCUGCACUUGUACAUGCCUGCUGGGAUGGCGUUCUUGGCAGCUAUCACAUCUGUCGUCUACUAUCACAACAUUGAGACCUCCAACUUUCCCAAAUUGCUGAUUGCCUUGUUGAUUUACUGGACUUUGGCCUUCAUAACCAAGACCAUCAAGUUUGUCAAGUUCUAUGACAAUGCAAUUGGAUUUUCUCAGCUUCGCUUCUGCCUUACUGGGCUGCUGGUCAUCCUCUAUGGAAUGCUCCUGACUGUGGAAAUCAAUGUCAUCAGAGUGAGGAGAUAUGUCUUCUUCAAGACACCCAAAGAGGUGAAGCCACCGGAGGACCUGCAGGACCUGGGUGUACGCUUCCUGCAGCCCUUUGUGAACCUGCUGUCCAAGGGGACAUACUGGUGGAUGAACACCUUCAUCAAGACAGCCCAUAAGAAACCUAUUGACCUGAAAGCCAUUGGGAAAUUGCCCAUUGCCAUGAGAGCCCGAACUAACUACCUGCGCCUCUGUGAAGCCUUUGAAGCCCAGAAGGGGAAGGGUUCCAGAUAUUCCCAGGGCUCCAGGGCCAUCUGGUGUGCUCUCUGCCAUGCCUUUGGGAGAAGGCUGGUCCUCAGCAGCACAUUCCGGAUCUUGGCUGAUUUCCUAGGAUUUGCAGGGCCACUGUGCAUUUUUGGAAUUCUCAACCACCUUGGAAAAGAAAACGAAGUCUUCCAGCAUAAGAUUAAAUUCUUCGGUGUUUACUUUGUCUCAUCCGAAGAGUUCCUUGCCAAUGCCUACGUAUUGGCUGUGCUCUUGUUUCUUGCCCUCCUGCUACAGAGAACAUUUCUGCAAGCAUCCUACUAUGUUGCCAUUGAAACAGGAAUCAACUUAAGAGGAGCCAUACAGACCAAGAUUUAUAACAAAAUUAUGCAUCUUUCCACGUCCAAUCUAUCCAUGGGAGAAAUGACUGCUGGACAAAUCUGUAACCUGGUUGCCAUUGACACUAAUCAGCUCAUGUGGUUCUUCUUCUUGUGCCCAAACCUGUGGGCAAUGCCUGCACAGAUCAUUGUGGGGGUGAUUCUUCUCUACUACCUCCUUGGGGUCAGUGCCCUAAUUGGAGCAGCUGUCAUCAUUGUCUUGGCUCCUAUCCAGUACUUUGUGGCUACUAAGCUCUCCCAAGCCCAGAGGAGUACAUUGGAAUAUUCCAACGAAAGGCUGAAAAAGACAAAUGAAAUGCUCCGGGGAAUCAAACUUCUCAAACUCUACGCCUGGGAAAACAUCUUUCGUGCUCAGGUAGAGAUGACUCGUAGGAAGGAGAUGACCAGCCUCAAGGCCUUCGCCAUCUACACCUCCAUCUCCAGCCAGAGUGAGAAAAAAGGAGUGGGUCUGGAGGAAGAUGAACUGGUGAGGGGCAUUGGUGGAGCCAUGAAUAAAGUCAGUAAAGCCUGGCAUCCAACAACUCUAAAGAGGAUGCUGGAUACUGAAUUAGGGGAGCCAAGCAGCCCAGAGAGAGAAACAAAUGCUGGCUUGGAUACCAGAAAGAGGGGUCCAGUGGCCUAUGCCUCCCAGAAACCAUGGUUGCUUAAUGCCACAGUGGAGGAGAACAUUACAUUUGAAAGCCCCUUCAACAAACAAAGAUAUAAGGCUGUCAUUGAUGCCUGCUCUCUCCAGUCUGACAUCGACAUCCUGCCCCAUGGAGACCAGACCCAGAUUGGUGAGCGGGGCAUCAACCUAUCAGGAGGUCAGCGUCAACGUAUCAGUGUGGCCCGGGCACUAUACCAGCACACCAAUGUUGUGUUCUUGGACGAUCCAUUCUCAGCCCUGGACAUCCACCUAAGUGACCAUUUAAUGCAGGCUGGGAUUCUUGAGUUGCUCCGAGAGGAUAAGAGGACUGUGGUCCUAGUAACCCACAAGCUGCAGUACCUGCCCCAUGCAGACUGGAUCAUUGCCAUGAAAGAUGGUACCAUCCAGCGGGAAGGGACACUCAAGGAUAUCCAGAUGUCUGAGUCUCAGCUGUUUGAGCAAUGGAAGACGCUCAUGAACCGUCAAGACCAAGAACUGGAAAAGGAGACUGUGGUCGUCGAGAGAAAGACCUUGGAGGAACCAAAAGGUCUGCCUAGGGCCAUGUCUUCCCGGAAUGGACUCCUGCAGGAUGAGGAAGAAGAGGAAGAGGAGAUGGCAGAGAGUGAGGAAGAAGACAACCUGUCCUCCCUGCUGCACCAGCGAGCCAAGAUUCCAUGGCAAGCCUGUGCCAAGUACCUGUCCACAGCUGGUGUUCUGCUCCUGCCCCUGCUGUUCUUCUCACAAUUACUCAAGCAUAUCGUGCUGGUUGCCAUAGACUACUGCCUGGCCAACUGGACAGAUAGUGCCUUGGCCCUAGGUCCAGCCACAAGGAACUGCUCCCUCUCUGAGAAAUGCUCCUUCGACCAUAGCGUCUAUGCCAUGGUAUUCACAGUUCUGUGCAGCCUGGGAAUCGUACUAUGCCUGAUCACAUCUAUCACUGUGGAGUGGACAGGCCUGAAGGUGGCCAAGAGGCUGCAUCGAAGUCUGCUGAACCAGAUCGUCUUGGCCCCCAUGAGGUUUUUCGAGACAACUCCACUUGGAAGCAUCCUGAACAGAUUUUCAUCAGAUUGUAACACAAUUGACCAGCACAUCCCUUCCACCUUGGAGUGCCUGAGUCGAUCCACGAUGCUCUGUGUCUCUGCGCUGGCCGUCAUCUCCUACGUCACCCCCGUGUUCCUCAUUGCCCUCCUGCCCCUGGCCAUCGUGUGCUACUUCAUCCAGAAGUAUUUCCGGGUGGCAUCCAGGGACCUGCAGCAGUUGGAUGACAGCACCCAGCUGCCCCUGCUCUCCCACUUCUCAGAGACGAUGGAAGGUCUCAUCACCAUCCGAGCAUUCAGGUAUGAGGCCUUGUUCCAGCAGAAACUUCUAGAGUACACUGACUCCAACAACAUUGCCUCACUCUUCCUCACUGCUGCCAACCGAUGGCUGGAAGUCCGAAUGGAGUACAUUGGUGCCUGUGUGGUCCUCAUCGCUGCUGUGGCCUCCAUCACCAAAUCCUUGCACAAGGAGCUGCCUGCAGGACUGGUGGGCCUGGGCCUCACCUAUGCCCUAAUGGUGUCCAACUACCUAAAUUGGAUGGUGAGGAACCUGGCAGACAUGGAGAUUCAGAUGGGGGCUGUUAAAAGAAUCCAUGGGCUUCUGAAAACUGAAGCUGAAAAUUAUGAGGGGCUUCUGGCUCCUUCCCUGAUACCAAAGAACUGGCCAGUCCAAGGAAAGAUCCAGAUUCAAAACCUGAGUGUCCGCUAUGAUAGCUCCCUGAAGCCAGUCCUGAAUCAUGUCAAUGCCCACAUCUCCCCAGGACAGAAGCUUUCCUCCCUUUUCCCACAGGAGAAUAUCUUACAGAAGGUGGUGAUGACAGCUUUUGCGGACCGCACUGUAGUCACAAUAGCGCACCGUGUGCACACCAUCCUGAAUGCCGACCUCGUGAUUGUGAUGAAGCGUGGCGCCAUACUGGAAUACGAUAAGCCUGAGGUGCUGCUCAGCCGCCCAGAGAGUGUCUUUGCAUCCUUUGUUCGGGCUGACAAGUGACCUCGACUGGAGUAGCUCUAAGCACCAUUUUCCCCCUCUUUGCCAUCUCCUCUGACCUGGAUUUUCUAGCUGUGUAAAUCAUUUGUAAAUAAAGAGAUUAAUU